GUUAAUCGGAAAGUUGAUAUCCAGAUGAAGCAUGACGGAUCACAAUUAUCCGCUCUGAGCCCACCUCUUUUGAAGCCCCGUUCGUCUAGAAAUUUGCCUAUAUAUGCAGGUAUACAUAGACCUCCUUCUCACUGCAAUAAGAACUACCUAUCAACGAGUUUUUUUUUGAGAACGAGAGCUGCAGUGUUUCAGACGACCACUAUCUUGAAAUGGGUCAAACUUUGUCACUUGAAGACACCAUUAGAGCAGAGGCAAAGAGCCACAACAACGUUCACUUAAUGUUGGUUGAUGGAAUGUCUAAGCUAAUGACUCGACAAGUUGAGAAUUGUGUGUCAUCGGAUUUCUAUGUUGGUGGUCUAAAAUGGAACAUCGUUAUCUUGCAACAGCAGGACUGCCUGUACUUUGUUCUGGCUAUCACGGACAGCAAGUGUAUCGGUUCUAAUUGGAAAGUCAAUUGCAACGUCACACUUACCAUAUACUCUGCCACUUCUUCAUUCCUUAACCACAACCGCUGGACUUGGUUUUGUUUCGACGCAAACAAUACUACAUUAUUGGUAAGCAUCCCAGUCAAGAACAUGCAGGACUUUACUGUGAACGACAAAUCGGUUUUCUCAGCCGAGAUCACAAACGUCAUCCCGCAAUCCCUCGACGUUGGGUGGACCCCUCGAACCAUGGGGACAGCAGAAAGCAUUAAACUAAUGGAGGUGGAGAGGAACAAGUCUAAAUUCACUUGGAAGAUUACUCACUUUUCCACCUUCGUUGGUGAACAUCAUUCCUCGUACCAGUUCACGGUUGGACCACGCAAAUGGUACCUACGGAUGUAUCCAAAAGGAACCUCAGAGGGGAAAGGAAAUUCAUUGUCUUUGUAUUUGCAUGCGUCCGAUUACGUGACUGGUCCAAAUACAAAAACAUUGGCCGUCUUUAAACUGCGAGUGUUGGACCAACUCAAACGCAAUCACCAUGAAAUAGGCCAGCAGUUCUGGUUUGGCACUGAUGGACAAAAGGGAGAACCCAAGUUUUUGGCGCUGGAGGAACUGCACAAGGCUUCAAACGGAUAUUUGGUGAACGAUCAGAUAUAUAUCGGUGUUGAGUUUUUCUAUAUCUCCGCUACUCAGAAUAUGAUCUGAUUGUUAUCAAUGGAUUCAACCCGGAUUCAAUUAAGGCCACAACAAUAAAUAUCUCCUGGAGAGAAACUUAUCUACCUAUUAUUCGUGACAAAAAAAAAAUCUACCACUAUUAUACUAAUUUGCAUAUCAUGGUGUGUUUAGAUUUGCAAAAAUAAAAAGAUCAAAUCGGUUGCUUGCACUGUCUGGCAUGAUAACAUUCAACCGAAUCUGAUGCUAUGUAUUAUAUAUGUAUUAUUCUCAUGAGGAGAAAGCUGCUUAGUGUGUGCGCGCUUAUGUACCUUUCUUCUGUAAUAUUUAUGUAUGUGUGUGUAUCUAA